UUUGUUCCAUAAUCUAUAGCAAUGAACAGAAACACGAUGGCAGAAGCAUUGACAGAAGAGCAGGUUGCUGAGUUUUAUGAAGCCUUUUGUCUGAUUGAUAGGGAUUCCGAUGGUUUUAUAACCAUAGCAGAGCUAGCAUCAGUUAUUCAAUCACUGCAUGAACGUCCGACAAAGGAAGAGAUUCAAGAAAUGGUACAUGAAGUUGAUGCUGAUGGGAACGGAAGCAUUGACUUUGAAGAUUUCUUGAGUAUCAUGGCAAGAAAGAUGAAGGAAAAUGUGACGAACGAGUUGCAAGAAGCUUUCAAAGUAUUUGACCGGGAUCAAGAUGGUUUCAUAUCAGCUAAUGAGUUGAGGAACGUAAUGAUAAAUUUAGGGGAGAGACUAACAGAUGAAGAAGCUGAACAGAUGAUCAGAGAGGCGGAUUUAAAUGGAGAUGGUGUCGUCAGCUAUGAGGAAUUUGUGAGGAUGAUGGUGGCUUCGUCACCUUCUUUCUAGUCUGAAAAAAUAUGUUAACCAAAAUGAAAUAAUGAUAGCAGUGAUCAUGUUAGUCACUCUAUCAAUUAAUUGUGGAAAAUCCUAAUUCAAGUGACACAUAAUUAAUACGGUAGACACAAACUAAAAAAUAGUCUACCAUCCAAUUUUUAGGAGCUCGCAUAUUUCUAUCUAUCACGGUGUAUCGUAUUUUUAAAAUUGCUUAGUGUUGAUAAACUCUUAAUUAUUGUGCCUGCUGCAAUGCAGCUAGUGUACGCAUUUUAUUUAUU